AUGGGAGAUAGACCAUUUUCUAUGGCAGAGUGCAAGGAAUUCUUUGACUUCAUUGAUGUUGAUAAGUCAGGGACUAUUGAUAUUCAGGAAAUUCAGAGGCUUUUGAGGGUACUUAAUUUCGACGAUAAUAUUCAUUUUGCGGAAAGGAUCAUGUUGGAAGCCAAUCAAAGCGGAUCGAGGGAGAUAGGCUGGGAAGAUUUUUACAGAACGGUGAAUCCAACUAAGUCAAGCAAUUAUACGAAUCAAGAGGUUUUAAGGGCUUUUCAAUUCUUUUCAGGCAAAAACUCACCACCAAAUAAGAUUCAUAAAGAUCAACUUGAGCAGGUGCUUUUGGAAUGCAGGCCUGAGAGAGAAGUGAAAAUUAUUUUGAAGCAGUUACCUUUUGACCAUCAAGGAUAUUUGAACUACAAUGAUUUUGUUAAUACUUAUAACUAA